CUUACUAGAGGGACUAGUCUUGAUGCGACAGUUCCGCGCUCAGGUGGCCAUUGUUGAAACCAGCAUCGGUAUGUUCGCUUGAGCGUCAGUUACGGCAGUGAAUGCUCUCACCGAGUUUAUUACUUACUGCAUUAAACUGCAUCGUUCUGUCGAACCAGUCAAAAUAAGUGUGCAGCUCUUUUAAAGCUCAGAAGGAAAGGAAGAAAGGUAUUUUAAAGCUGCGUGACAGACAAUAUGUAUCAAAUGCCACUGUUUUCCUACAAUGAUAGGGCAUUUAAAUUUUGCUUAACAAAUUUGCCAGAUAAUGUGAGUGAGGAGAUUACAAAAAUGAUUUUGGAUAAUGGGGGUGAAAUAGUAGAUACUGAUGAUCCUCUAGCAAUCAACUUCACUGUCCCUGAUAAUUACGUUCCUGGGAAGGUCAUGUACGAUGUUCAAUUUAUUAAGGAUUGUGUGAUGUGGAAAGAAAUUGGAGAUCUUCAUAAAUACAAGCUCGGUCCAAGAAAGGCAUAUGACGGAUGCAUUAUGUCAAUAUUUUUGUAUGGAAGUCCAUCAUGCAUGUAUAGGUGUGUCAGUAAUCCAUGUCCUCAAAACAACAUCUGUUCAAGUUGUGGAUCUAGAAAUACUUUUGAAAUUCUGGAUCUAAAUUAUUCACCGAUGCCAUCAAAAAACGCUUCUGAUGAGUGGAGAGUGAUAACAUCAAAUACAUUAUAUAAAAAGGGUUUCAGUGAUGCUAAAAAAUCUUUGAAAUCUGUUAGUAGAAAGCACCCCAGUCUCCUUCAAGAUGAAACUGAGGUUUCUCCUAAAUUAAAAAAAUUACAAACAAAUGGUAAUGCAUCGUCUCAGGAAGUAUCUUCCAUAUAUAAGACAGUAGAACACUUGAUUAAUUAUUCUCCUGACAGUAAUUUAUUAUUAACGCAAGCAACACAGGAUGGAAUUGACAAGUUGCAUACUGAUACUGAAAGCAGAACAAUUGUAACACAGCAGGCGAUAGAAAUAGAUCAAUUAGACUCAGACAGUCAAAGAUCUGUUAAAAGAGCUGUUGAUCAUGCAAAACAUAAAUCACAUCAUGAUACAUCUGAAAUUAUUCGUAUGUCAUCUGAUAGCAAAUCAGAUCAGUUAUGGAAUUUGGAGAAAAAAUUUUCAGUAUUGCAAUGUGGUAAUGCAUAUAAAAUCUCCAAUUUACCAGAUGUGGAACUUAUUCGAGUAGUCAAUACCUCUGCGAAAGAACAUGAGAGUUAUAUAAAAGAUGAAAGUAAAAAGAAAGCAGAAAAAGAUGUUUUGGUAACAUAUAAAUUGAAAAGUCAUGAACAAGAAAAAAAAGAAUUUGAGGAAACUUCAGUAUCGAGUAUUAUCAAGAAUAGUUUAAAAUCUAGAGCAAGAACUAAUGCAAAAUCUGCAAGAAAAUGGUCGAGAGUAUCUAGUGAAGAAGAGGAAUCUCCCAGAUCAAAUAAUGGGAAAGAUCAUGAUAGAUGCGAUUGUGGAGAAAGAAAAAGAAAGAUAUCUAGAAAAGACAAAGAGAAAUCUGAGACCUCACUUAUAAAAAGAGAGUAUUGUAAGAUACCACAAUGCAAGAACAACCUACCAACAUGUAAUGCAUCUGUUGAUGGAAAUCCAACGUUAAAUAAAGAUCCACAAUCGAAUGAGGAUUCCACUGGUUCGGUUACAGAUCCUGAGGGUAUUUUCAGUGAUGAAGCAAAUCGUAUUCUGAGACCUCGUACGGCAUUGCCGAAUAAAUCAUAUGUAGUGUCCAGUGAUGAUUCUGAUGAUGUUAAUGAACCUGCUAGACUUAAGAACACUAAGUCACGUAUUAAAAAAGAUAAUAGCGAGGAUGAAGAUCCGACUGUAUUUAUCUCGGAGUCGGAAAUCAGCGAUGAUUCUGACGCGGUGCAUCAUAUUAAGGUCAAGGAUGAGAGCAAUAAUGCAUCGUAUUGCCCCGUGCGAUCCAAAUUGAAUAUCAAUUCUGAAAAAAAUGGAAAGUCUAUUAAGACAAAUCUCAAUCUUCAGGAGUGGUUGACAUGGGCCAAACAUAAAGCUCAAAAUUUAGCAGCACCACGAACGAGAAACUUUGCGAAAUGGGAAAAAUUGCAUAUGUUGAUCUUCUUGAUUGAGAAUGACUUCAUAGACCAUGCUAAAGGUCUUGACGUCUGGCAUCAUAUGAUUCAACGAGAGGACUGUGGUCAACGGACAAAAAUGUCAUUACAAAAUCACUUUAUAAAGUAUAUACUUCCCUGUAUCGAAGAGUUUCGCUUGCCUAAGGAUAUAGAAACAAAAUUUUUAACUCUCCGAAAUAUAAAAGAUCAUUAGUUGAAUCUUGUAUUUUUGUAUAUAUUGCCAAAUUACAUUUCUCUAUUUUCAAACGUCAUGUAUUA